UUAAAAUUUUGUUUAUAGUGUUUUCUCCUUAAGGUUACACCACAGUAUAAUCUAGAUUUAUCUUUACCAACAUGUUAGUUUAUCAUGGUGAUGUUGUCACGAAGUCAAUUUCGCUUAGGGGUAGCCAUUCGGUCGGUUCGGUCGAGACCGAACCGAAUUUAUGAAUACCGGGUCUCCGAAUUAAAUUCCAUCAAUUCUCAAACCGAAUUUCAUUAAAAUUAUGAAUAUCGGGUCCCCAAAUUUGUGAGGCUACUUAUAUCUUUUCCUUUUUAAAUUAUUUUCACCCUUAAUAUAAACAAUAAAUAUGUAAUUAUAUGCAUCAUCAAUGAAAAAAUCAAACAUUUCAACACAUAAGUCAUAAAACACUAACAUGAUUCAAAUAUUUAAGUCUUUAAACAACUACAAAUAUAAAAAUCCACCUUUGGAUUUUGGAGCUUGCACUUAUAGUAAUUCGGUUUUUCGGAGUUUCGGUUCGGUUGAAAGAACCUUGAUUUCCGUAAUAUUCAUAUUUCCCUUCCGAAUUCCGAACCAAAUAGCAUUAUUUUGGUUUCAAUUUGGUUUAAUUUGGUUCAGUUCGAGUUUACCAAACUGGUUGUCCACCCCUACUUUCACCCAUUAAAUUUCUUUGGUUUAAUCUCAGGUAAUGCGGUCAAAAUCUCAAUUUUAUUAUUAAAAUCUUAUGGUUUUAUCAUCUUACUGUAGAGUACGAGUUGCAAACAAGUAAUCUAAUAGAAUAAGAUAAAUAAACAUGAGAAAUAGAAAAACUGGACAUCUGGACUACAGUGUUGGGCUCGAUCCGUCGCUCGAGCCCAAAUAUAUUACGAGCUGGGGAUUGGCCCUUAUCGAGUCAUCUUGAUCAACCUUCAAGGUAAUGUUCCAGUUGAGAUGCCCACAAACAGUAGAGAAGAGUAGGAAGAGACACAUGUAAACAUGAUGUUUUAUCAGCCGAAUACGGUCCUAUGGCUUUACAUCUCGGCUCAAAGGUGGCUUACCUUUUGACGUUAUUCCUAUUAUUAAUCCUGAAAAUUCCUAAUUGACACAAGCUGUGAGCUGUGAAUUUGUAGGAACUAGGAAGGCGACACUUCUUAGUUUAUGGAGAGGAGGCCGAUCCAAUCUUGACCGGCCCAGCAGUCUGUAUUCUACAGAUGGGAAUCAAACCUGCAUAAUCCCAAAUUACAAAAUUACAAAUUGCAAACCAACAAUUGCCAAUCCACAUGGCAUAUAAUAAUAAUAAUAAUGAAUAAUAACAGGGAACAAGCUAACUAAUUUGGUUAAUUAAAUUAUAUGGUGGACUUUGCCAAGACUACAGAAAAGGGUGGAUGGUCCAUCCCUGUCUUAAAUGACAAUCCUAAGUAUUUGGUGGGUAAUUAAAAAUUCUAAGACCAUUAUUGAUACAGAUGACUAAUUAUUAGAAAGAUAAUAAUACUUCUCUGUGUCUUGUGGACAGGGUAGGAUACUAUGCUAAUCCCUAAAGGGGUAGUGAUUUUUGACACCCCCUUUAUGAUUGGCCAAUUUUAUUUCCAAUCAUUGGCAAGUAUUAAUUAAACUGGUUUUUUAUUUUUUUUAAUCUUGUAAUUUGGGGUCUCUCACCACAUUGGAAAAGAGAAAGAAUCUGGGGAAAAACGAAAUCACCCCCAUUAAUUACAUAAUUAAUUUCUCUCACUGGUACAUUAAUUACACGUACCACUCUACUGGUACACGUACCACUCCACUGGUACACGUACCACUCCACUGGUACACGUACCACUCCACUGGUACACGUACCACUCCACUGGUGCGAGCAAUCCACAAGGUAGGUUAGAGUGAGAACAAUACCAGUGCAAUGAUAUUUUUCAUAACAAUGAUAAACAAUAACGGAGCAACAAUGCAGUACCACUUCAAUGAUACAAAUACCACUCCACUGGUACACGUACCACUCCACUGGUACGUGUACCAGUGGAGUGGUACGUGUACCAGUAGAGUGGUACGUGUAAUUAAUGUACCAGUGAGAGAAAUUAAUUAUAUAAUUAAUGGGGGUGAUUUCGUUUUUCCCCAGAUUCUUUCUCUUUUCCAAUGUGGUGAGAGACCCCAAAUUACAAGAUUAAAAAAAAUAAAAAACCAGUUUAAUUAAUACUUGCCAAUGAUUGGAAAUAAAAUUGGCCAAUCAUAAAGGGGGUGUCAAAAAUCACUACCCCUUUAGGGGUAGUCAAGCUAACCGAUCCCCUUGUGGACUCAAAAUCUCAACUAGUGAUUGGGAGUUUCGAAUACCAUGAAAUUGCUACACCACUAAUGAUCACCAUACAUAUUGAAAUGAUGUAUUAGAAUAUGGCGAAUAUGGAUUGAGAGAGGCGGAACUACCGUGUGUAGUGUAGCAGGGGCGGAGCUAGGUGAGGCCUCGAGAGUGGGGGGGGGGGGGGCGAGAAUUUUAAAACCUACGUAUAAAUUUUUACGAAAUUUGGCAAUUACGUAUAAAUAGAAGGGUCGUUAUAAUUAUUUUUGUGUGCAAAUAUGAAUAUUAAGCGUCUUCCAGUCCAGCGGUUAGCACAUUUGAUGCUCUUUCCUUCUCCCUUGGCCAGAGUUUGAACGUAGCAUUUUGGAUGUAUUUUCAUUUUUGAUCAGUUGUUACUUUUUUUCUUAAAAAAAAUUCCCCCAUUGAUCACUAAAUAGAGUUACUAAAGGAAAUAAAUUACAUUGAUGUUUUCAGUCUUUUUUACAUUAUCAAAGUUUUAAGUUAAUUUUUAUAUUUAUUUAUAAUUUGUCAUCUUAACUGUACCGAUUUAGAACUUCAACUUUUUAAUUUGUAUUUAUCGUCUUGGUUAUAUUAAUUGUCUUCACAUAUUAAUAUAUACAUAUAUUGUAUGAUUCAAGCUAAAUUUUUUUUUAUUGUAAACUUAUAAAAAAAAAAGUAAACAAUAGGUGUAUUGUGGGUAUAUAAAAAAAAUACUCUAAAUAAUAAUGCAAAUAUUCCACUAAAACUAUUCAAACUAAAAAUGACCUACUCAAUCUCAAUUCCAAAGGCCAAUUGGCAUAUCGGUGGUUCGGCCGUACAACUGUUGGCUGCAGCCUGCAGCCAUGAAAAGCCACAAAGGGAGCCAAAGCGGUCAGCCGGUUGAAACAACGAGUGCUAGACCCGGAUUCGGCCAGACUGGGGACCACGUGCCCCUCCCACAUUUCACGCGGAGCUAACCGACAACUGCCUAGACAAGUCCAACUUCUUUUCUUUCUUUUUCUUUUGUUCUUUUGAAUAUUCCAAUUUCCAACCUUUUCUUUUUAAUUAAGUUGAAAAUAAUACAAAAAAGUCCUACUUUGCUUCUUGUUCAUUUCCAGUACACGCACAGCCAAUCUAACAACUUCAUUAAUCAUUUAAUUAUAAAUAAUAAUACAUAAUUUUUGCUGUAUUUCAUUUAAUUUACGAAAAAUACAAAAUCUUUGACCGGACCAGGUGCGUUUCCGUGAAGCAAACUGUAAACCUACUAAACUCCGCCCCAAAUACGACGUCGGUCUGUAGUCCUCCAAUUUGACUCCUCUCUACAAAACAUCGAAUCCACGUCUCUCUCUCUCUAAACUCCCAGUCUUCUUCUCCCCUCUGUUCUCUUCUCCACUCUCCGAUCAAAUUUCCAACCGCCGGAAAAUCGAGCAAAAAAAUGGGAAGAGAAAGGGAUGGACUGUACAUAACGGUACCCAAUCUCUUCCGCUGCCCGAUCUCCCUCGACGUCAUGAAAUCUCCGGUCAGCCUCACCACCGGCGUCACAUACGACCGGUCCAGCAUCCAGAAAUGGCUCGAGACCGGCCACGACACGUGUCCGGCCACCAUGCAGAUCCUCCCGUCCAAGGAUUUCGUCCCCAACCUCACCCUCCUCCGUCUCAUCAACCUGUGGAAUCAAUCCUCUUCCUCCCGCCGCCCCGAUUCCGCCGCGUCCGAGGACCAGGUCCGGGUUUGGAUUCACAAAAUCCGGAGCGCCGGCGAGAGGAAGGAAGAGUGUCUCUCGUUUCUAUCUCAUGUCGCCGAAUACGCCGGCUGCUCCGAUUACAACCGGCGGGUUCUGGUCGGAAUCGAGGGUUUUGUCGAAACGAUUGUGGGGAAGAUUGGGGAGUCGGAGAUGGCGGUUAGGGUUUUGGCGCUGGUCUCCGGGGAGAACGGCGUCAAGGAGAAAUUGCACAGGUUGUUGAUUCUCCAGAGCGGCGAUCGGAAUCGGCUGUCGCCGUUGACUUCCACUCUCCGGGAGGCGGAGAAUUCGAGCUCCAAGAUCGAGGCGGUGAGAAUUCUGGACUCGAUCUCAAUCGACAACGAAUCGAAACGUUUCGUCGCGGAAACAGAGGAUCUCGUCCCCGUCCUCCUCUCCCUGCUCCUCCGGCCGGGACCCGACCCGAAUCAUCUCCACGCGGCCGUUCUGUCGCUCCUGAUCUCGAUCGCAGUGACCCGCUCCGUCAGGAUCCGACUCGUGGAGCUGGGGCUCGUCGGAUUCCUCUCGCGAACGGUCUCCGACCGCAGCGCCGCCGCCGUUCCCCUGGCGGAGAAGUCGCUGAAGCUGCUCUCGCUGCUGUCGACGUGUCCGGAGGGCCGAGCGGCGAUCAGCGGGGACCCGAAUUGCGUGGGUGGGAUCGUGGAGCGGCUGAUGAAGGUGUCGAAGCCGGCGACGGAGGACGCGGUGGCGGUGCUGUGGGGGAUGUGCUGCUUGUUCAAGGACGGCACCGUGGCGGAGAAGGCGGUGAGGAAUCACGGCGUGACGAAGGUGCUUCUGGUGAUGCAGAGUGAAGGUGAAGGCAACGUCAGGUCGAUGUGCAGGGAGCUGGUGAAGGCUCUCAGGGCCGGAUACAGGGGGAACGGCUGCGCCGGCGCCGGCAGCAGCGGUGACGGAUUCGUCGUCGAGAGCUAUGACACCAAAACAACGCACAUCAUGCCGUAUUAGUUACUGAAUCAUACAAACAUACAAUUUUUUUGACAGGGUUUUUCUGGGUUUCCCUUUUCCUUGGGAUCCCAUUUGUUUAACAAAAAAUGUUGACAUACACACAGGGAAAGAUUAUUUUGUGAGUUUGAGCAUAAGCAUAUUGAAUUGACGAACAUGGAUCAAUCGUUCUUCCCUUCUGUCCACCGGAAGCUCCAUUGAAAAUUUCUAGUGAAUGCAUCACAGUUCACACCUCACAACAACAAAGACCACUUAGGAGGAAAACUGUCACCAAUUCGCUACCGAUAACUCGAGAUGAAAAGAAUUUUAUUCAACUGUUGAAUUUGGCUCAAACUACACUUUCAUCCGAUUCUAACGUUGCCAAUCAAACUAACAAUGCGCCACACAUAGUCGCGCUGCAACCAUGGAAGAAAAUAGCACUUCUGACAGUUAUCACUCUCAAGAGAAGCUAAGAGUGGCUUGUAACUGCAAAAAAAAAAAGGUAAGUUAGAUGCCGUCCAAUGCAGACCAAUGAUGCAGACAAGCAAACAAACAGAAGUAAAUCAAGCAGAGCACAGCAACUGAAUCCUGAUUUUAGAUAUAUGCUGAAUCAUAUGGUUGGAGCUGCUAAUUAAUUGACGAUACCGACAGAGACGAAGCGCCAUUUGUACUCGAAACGAUCCUAAAAAGAAUCUACUAAUGACCUUCCUCUAGUUAUCACUCUUUUAUCUAUUAACUGAAAUCAAGCGCUAUGUUCCAGGACUGCUGAGCUUUCAGUACAGACCGAGUGACCAAGUCCAACAAAUCCAAGAAGUUCCAGAAUCAAGCAAUCACUUCAAAGAAUUAACAAAUUUACAGCUUUGGUUUGGAACUUGACCAUGAAUCUAAGAGCCAAUUAACCAAAAAAACAGCAAACUUGAACUCAAUUUCUCCCCAAUCCAAGAGCUGAAACACUUACCAUGGAUCAAUCGGAGCUGCAAUCGAAACAUUGAAGCUAUUGUUUCCUCCUAGUCAAGCCUUAAUAGGAGCACUUCUCAGCCUCUACAAAUCAACAAAAACAUCAGCAGCCAAACGAUCACUCUAAAAUGAAGAAAUUCAACACCU